AUUUAUAACCAUCAGCUCCGAUAACUUCAUCUCAGAUAUCUCUUCAUCUACCUCAAACAAACUAACCUAGUCAAUUCAAGAAAUCAACUCAAACCGCAAUCAUGAAGUUCACCGUCGCUACUCUUUUCCUCGCAACCAUCUUUGGCAUGGUCAUUGCGGCUCCCGUCAAGAGAGAAGAAGCCGCUGUUGCAUCUACUGAGGGUGCUUUCGAGGAGGAGAAGACUAUUGUUAUCGUUCGUGUCAAGGGCGAGGAAGUGGAAGAAGCCGCGUCAAAAAAAAGAGAUGAGGCCGCUGCUGCCUCUACUGAAGGUGCUUUCGAGGAAGAGAAGACCAUCGUGAUUGUUCGUGUAAAGGGCGAGGAAGUUGAGGAGGCUGCUUCCAAAAAGAGAGACGAAGCUGCUGUUGCCUCCACUGAGGGUGCCUUUGAAGAGGAAAAGAGUAUUGUUAUUGUACGUGUUAAGGGUGAGGAAAUUGAAGAGUCUGCAUCCUAGAUGGUGUAGUUAAUAUUUGGAUCUGGGGGAUUUGCGAGAUGAGUUAUGAUUUAUGAUCACGAGGAUGAGAUGGGGGGUUAGUACCGGGUCUAGAAUAGUUGAAUGUCUAAAGCUUGAGCAGUAGAUGAAGGGCUUUCCGAUCGCGGUCUUGCCAAACACUAGAGCGUAACUUCAGUAGUGCAUAGAUCACCUGCAUUUAGCACUGGCAAUGCUAGAAUAGAUGCAUAAAACUAUUUGUAUCGUCUUUA